UGCUGACUUAGACUUAGAACCAUUAGAUUCUAUAGAAACCAGCAAGAUAUCUCUUUCUCAUAAAGUACUCUCUCUGGUGCCAUAUUUUAACAGCCAUGAUGUUGGCAUAAAUGUUACCACUGCCGUAUUUGUUAAAAAUCUUAUAGAAAAAGCGGAAACAAAAUUAAAAAACGAUGAAUAUGAUAAAUAUGUUAACUACCUUCAGAGAGCAACUCAAUUAGGUUCUGCGUGUGCAGCUGCGAAGUUAGGGGAUGUAUACAAUCGAGGUCUAAAUUUUAUUAUCGUGCCAGACUACGCGGCAGCUGCUGCAUACUAUUUUCUCUCGCUGAAACUGAUUAUGAUGAUACCGUACGCCUCAUGGGACAUGACACUGUUACUUGACGUGGCUAUAGGGCUAACUGAAUUGUAUCAGUCAAGGUUGAGCAACGAAUGCGACGAAGAUAUCAUUUCCCACGGAGUAAAGAUUAUGCGUAAUAUUGACGAAAAAUUGCAAGACCCUCACUUUAUCAGAAUUUUAACUCAUCAAGACGUACAGAAACGUAGAGCGAUACGAAUUCACAUGAAUUUUUGCUUUGCCUUGGCGGCGAUGACUACAGGAAAUAUUUUUGAAGCUGCUCUAUCAUUUCACGAGUGUGAACUUGUGGGAGAAUGUGGAAUUGAGACAGCAGAUAAAUUGGUGAAGAAAUCUCAACUUCACAUUAAACUUAUUGAUUCUAGUUUACCGAGGAUACCUCCAAUUUGUGGGUUGUUGCGGGAGUGA